AUGUCGUUCCAAGGUCAGACAGCCUACGUAACCGGAGGAGCAAGCGGUAUUGCCCGUGCAGUUACCCGCAUGCUCGUCGUAAAAGGUAUCAAAGUAUGCAUUGCCGACAUCAAUAAGCAAGGGGCCGAAGCAGUCGCGCAAGAACUCAACGAGGAGGCUGGCUCUCAAUGUGUUUCCGCUGUCGCUGUGGACGUGGCAGAUUGGGACUCUCAAGUGGCAGGUUUUCAGACCGCAAUCAAAGAAUUGGGCGGCCGAAUCGACUACGUCUACCCUAUCGCAGGGAUCGCUGAAGUCAACUGGCUUCCCAAUCGACCAAAGCAAGAGGGGUUCGUAAAGCCAAAUCUUAGCGUCUGGGACGUAGACGGGACGGGCGUGCUGUACACCUCUGCCCUUGCUAUUCAGCAAUUCCGACGACAGGAACCCAACAAGUUUGGAUUCAGGGGCAAGAUCGCCACCGUCUCUUCUGUACGAGGUCUGUAUGCUGUGCCUAGCAUGCCGAUAUACUGUGCCGCGAAGUUUGGCGUCGUGGGUUUUGUCCGCUCGUUUGGCAAGCACUUGCCGAAAGAAAAGAUCACACUCAAUGCCAUGUGUCCUGCAAUAGUGAAAACAGGCAUUAGUAUUGGCAGGAGCGAUUGGUAUGACAAAGCCCAGAAGCUGAAUCUUAUCGUCAAGAUGGAAGCGCUUCUCGACGCCUUCGAGUCCUUGCUUGGUGGCUCGGACGUGUCCGGGGAGUGCUUUGAGUUUCCACCUGGGGACAUUGGCAAUCCCAGUGGCUGGAUUCUGAAACCACAAAAUGAGUACACAACGCCUGAAAGCGAAGUGCAUGUCCAAUACUCGGACAGUCAAUUCGCCCACCAACAUGAGCCGGUUGAAUAA